AUGGAAGAGACAUUCAUUCCAUUCCGCGGGAUCAAGAACGACCUGAAGGGCCGAUUAUCAUGCUACAAGCAGGACUGGACUGGUGGGCUCAGAGCCGGCUACAGGUACCCCCUUUCCCUCUUUCUCUCGGUCAACGGGCGUGAAGGUUCGUCUUUUCUCUUUCUGCCUAAUUCAGUCCCAAAUUCCAGGAUUCUGGCGCCGACGACGUACAUAUUCUUCGCCUCGGCGAUUCCUGUCAUAUCCUUCGGGGAGCAACUGGAGAGGAACACAGGUAUCUAUCUAUCUAUCUGUAAUUAUUAUACUUUUGAGUCAUGUUGGUGUUAAUGAUCCUUCUUCUCCUUCUUCUUCUUCUUCCUGAUCUGCGCAGAGGGGACGCUGACGGCUGUUCAGACGCUCGCCUCCACGGCCCUCUGCGGGAUCAUACACUCGAUCAUCGGAGGGCAGCCGCUCCUCAUUCUCGGCGUGGCCGAGCCGACAGUGCUCAUGUACACCUUCAUGUUUGAGUUUGCCAAAGAUAGGCAAGAUCUGGGCCCGAAGCUCUUCCUGGCGUGGAGCGGAUGGUAUCGUCUUCUUCCUCCCACUUCCACCAGUCGCAGAUUCAGAGAUCUCCUCCUCCUCCCUCCUAUCGUCAUCUCACACUUUCUCUCUAUGUUCCUCUCUCUCUCUUGCGAUUCACAGGGUCUGCGUCUGGACGGCCCUCCUGCUCUUCAUCAUGGCCAUUCUUGGCGCCUGCUCUAUCAUCAACAGAUUCACCCGCGUCGCCGGCGAGUUAUUCGGCCUUCUGAUAGCGAUGCUCUUCAUGCAGCAAGCCAUACGGGUAGGCCUCUCUCUCUCUCUCUCUCUCUCUCUCUCUAUCUAUCUAUCUAUCUCUCUCUUUUUCUCUCUAAGAUUAGAGCAACUCCUGGCAGGGCCUCAUCGACGAGUUCCGGAUACCGGAGAGGGCGAACCGGGUGGAGACGCAGUUCCUGCCCUCCUGGCGCUUCGGGAACGGAAUGUUCGCCGUCGUUUUGUCAUUCGGUCUCCUCUUCACCGGCCUCAGGAGCCGAAAGGCCCGCUCUUGGUGCUAUGGGACAGGUUUGGAAGUCAACGGCCUGUCCUCAUCUUCUUCCUCCGACCCUCUUCCUGAAAUCGGCCAUUAAACCAUAAAAAUCUCCGCUUUGCUGGGAAUCACAGGGUGGCUGCGAGGGUUCAUCGCCGACUACGGCGUCCCCCUCAUGGUGGUCGUCUGGACUGGGAUCUCCUACGUUCCAUUCCUGGAAGUGCCCAAGGGGAUCCCCCGGCGGCUCUUCAGCCCUAAUCCCUGGUCUAAAGGGGCCUACUCCAACUGGACUGUCAUCACAGUAAGUGAGCUCCACCCUCUCUCUCUCUCUCUCUCUCUCUCUUAAAUGGGAUCUCUGAUUUGGUCAUCUGGGCAGGAAAUGACGGACGUACCCCCUCUGUACAUAGUCGGAGCUUUCAUCCCUGCCACUAUGAUCGCCGUGCUCUACUACUUCGACCACAGCGUCGCGUCGCAGCUGGCCCAGCAGAAAGAGUUCAACCUGAAGAAACCCUCCUCGUAUCACUACGACCUCCUCCUCCUGGGUUUCCUGGUCUGCGCUGUCCUUCCCAUUUAUGGCAAUCGCAACCCCUAUUAAUUAGGCCGACGAAUCCUACUUACCAUGUUCGCAUCUUCAGACCUUGCUCUGCGGGCUCAUUGGGGUCCCUCCGGCGAACGGCGUCAUCCCACAGUCUCCGAUGCACACCAAGAGUCUGGCCACGCUCAAACACCAGGUUGCAGGGAUAGAUUUUCUUUCUUCUGCUGAAACCUCUAUGAACGAGGACGAGCUCCCUUUCUCUAAUGGCGAUUGCUUCACUGAAAACAGCUGCUGCGCAACAAGCUGGCGUCUACUGCCCGCAAGAGCAUCGCCCAGAACUCGAGCUUGACCCAGCUUUACGGCGACAUGCAGGAAGCCUACAACCAGAUGCAGACGCCGCUGGUUCACCAGCCAACGACCUUGGUGAGUAAAAGCCAUGUAGGAUUUUGGAUUCAUCUCUGGAGUUACUUGACGUUGGUUGCUGUUCUUCAGGGUCUGAAGGAGCUGAAGGAGUCAACGAUCCAGAUGGCUUCGAGCUCCGGCGACAUGGACGCGCCGGUCUUCGAGCCGGCCUUUGACGUUGACAAGGACAUCGAUGACCUGCUCCACGUCGAGGUCAAAGAGCAGAGGCUCAGCAACCUGUUGCAGUCGUUGUUGGUCGGCGGCUGCCUCGCUGCCAUGCCGUUCCUCAAGAAGAUCCCCACCUCAGUCCUCUGGGGGUACUUCGCCUUCAUGGCCAUUGAGAGCUUGCCCGGUAACCAGUUCUGGGAGAGGAUCCUCCUCCUCUUCACCGCCCCCAGCAGGAGAUACAAGUAAGCCACGAGAGAUAAAAAUAGAUAGAUAGAUAGAGAGAGAGAGAGAGAGAGAGAGAGAGAGAGAGAGAGAGAUCAUCCAUCUUCCGGCCCCUGAAAUCAUGGACUGAUCAGAGCUCUGAAUCUGGACUGACGCUGGUUCUUGGUUGCAGGGUGCUGGAGAAGUGCCAUGUGACGUUCCUGGAGACGGUGCCCUUCAGGACCAUCGCCACCUUCACCCUGUUCCAGCUGACCUACCUGCUCCUCUGCUUCGGCCUCACUUGGAUCCCCAUCGCCGGCGUCCUCUUCCCCCUGCUGAUCAUGCUCCUGGUCCCAGUGCGGCAGUACGCCCUCCCCAAGUUCUUCAAGGGCGCCCAUCUCACAGACCUCGACGCAGCAGAGUACGAGGAAUCGCCGGCCCUGCAGUACGGUCUCGAGGUCAGCCCCCCUGCUUCUCUUUCUCUCUCUAAACCUGUUCUUCGAGAAACUCCGACGGAGCCGCUGAAUUCGCCGGACAUGGAUUCAAAUCAAAUGCCGCAGGAUCAGGCUUCUGAUGGGACGGGGAUUGCCAGCGGCCGCGCGGACGACGCAGAGAUCCUGAGCGAGAUGAUCACUCGAAGCCGCGGCGAAAUCAUCCAUGUCCAGAGCCCGAAGAUCACGAGCUCCUCCUCCGGCACAUUCGACGACAUCAGAUUGGAGCGAAGCCCGCGGGUGGGGGAACUGAGGGUGGCCAGGAGCCUGAGGCUCGGAAGAACAACCUCCGCGGGAUCGCAUGGCACGCCGAGCCCACGCCCGUCCCCUCUCGCGCGAGGCUCUCGCGGUUGA